UUGUGUGUAGGUGUACUGUGACAUGACUUCAGAAGGAGGACGGUGGACGGUGUUCCAGAGGAGGAUGGACGGCACUUUGAACUUCUACAGGGGCUGGGAUCAAUACAAGACCGGCUUUGGUAACGGUGCUGGAGAGUACUGGCUCGGUCUUGACAACAUCUACUACCUGACAAAUAACAAAAAGAGUGAGCUGAUGGUCGAAAUGGAGGACUUUGAGGGGAGAAAAGCGUUCGCUCGGUACUCUUCGUUCUCCGUCGGUGCAGCAGGUGGCGGAUUUGUGCUGACUGUGUCUGGAUUCAGUGGAGGGGCAGGAGACUCCCUGGCUACUCACAACGGAAUGAAGUUCUCCACCUUCGACAAAGACCAGGACAACUAUGGAGGGAACUGUGCCAGAUCAUACCUGGGGGCCUUCUGGUACAACGGCUGUGGCCAUACAAAUCCGAACGGCAUUUAUCGUUGGGGGGCUGACGGCACUAUCAGUUAUGUUGGAGUGGAGUGGGUACAUUGGAAAGGUUAUAACUACUCCCUGAAGACCAUCAGCAUGAAGGUCCGUCCUGUGCUGUAGUUCUCCAGGACCAACGUCCAGCAGAAUAUCAGCUCAUCUCUUGUGAUUUAUUUCUCUUUCUCUCAUUAAGCAUUUAAUCUCACAGGUCUUAUUUUCCUGAAACUGGGCACCAGCACAAGAAAACCAACUGACAUUUGUAAGUCUUGUUACCGUCUGUGGUGGUGUAAAGUAGAGCUGCACAAAAUGAGAAAAAUAUGCGAUAAGUUGUUGAAUAUGGCGAUAACGAUAUCACUUGUGAUAAGGAAACAAAUAUUAAAGUGUUCUCAGUUCUACUUCUUUCAGUAUUCUACUAAAAUACAAGUUUGUUGAAUCUAAAACAACAAAAAACAACCAUUUCCAACAUUGUUUUAUUGAACAAAUUGAACAUUGAAUUGAAUAUAAAAGACAGCACUAAAAAAAUAAUGAAAGUUUCAUUUUGCUUUCGCGAUAUGUCACAGCCUUUAGCGAUGUGUUUAUUGUGCAAGUUGAUAUCGCGAUAGCGAUUAAUAAAAACAGCAUAUUGUGCAGCCCUAGUUUAAGGCAGUCGCAGCUCGCUGCAACGUGAAAGAAAAGUCAGUUGUGUGUUCAGUAGCAGGAAAGUAGGGCCCAUAAUCUUUAAAUGGAAACACAAAUAUAGUCUGAUCGGGUGUUAAUCACUGCAUGAACAGCAACUAGUCUAAAAAGCAAAAAACAUGUUUUCUACAAAGAAAACAUCUUUGUAGUUCAGGACAGCAAGUUGAUGUUUGGUGGAGGUUUGAAACUCUAAUAUGAAUCUUUAUCUGCUGUACGGUGACAAUAAAUAAGAAGCUGAGCAUUAA